GUUUGUGUUGUUCGAAAUUGUAUGUGUUUUGUUUAUUUUUUUUUCCAAAUUUUUUUUUUUGUAAAAACAAUUUAUUCUCAAAGCAGAGGAAGUGUUUGUAUAAUUAAAUAAAUCAUUGCGAAGUUUGCAGAUGGUUAUUUUAAGAAUUUUGCCAGAUUCUUCGCUUUAGCGGUAGCAGACUUUAAAAAAUGGGAACUAGGAGUCAUAGUCGAUGGUUUCACCCUAACAUUACUGGAGUGGAAGCUGAAAAAAUGCUUACUGAUCGUGGCUUGGAUGGUAGUUUCCUAGCUCGUCCUAGUAAAUCUAAUCCUGGAGAUUUUACUCUUUCAGUCAGACGAAAUGGUGAAGUAACCCAUAUUAAAAUUCAGAAUACUGGUGACUACUAUGAUCUGUACGGUGGGGAGAAAUUUGCUACUCUAGCUGAGUUGGUGCAAUACUAUAUGGAAAAUCAAGGUCAACUGAAAGAAAAGAAUGGUGAAGUGAUUGAAUUAAAAUAUCCUCUAGUAUGUGCCGAUCCUACUACAGAGAGAUGGUUUCAUGGUCCCUUGUCUGGUAAAGAGGCUGAGAGAAUAUUAAUGGAUAAAGGAAAAAAUGGAAGCUUCUUAGUUCGUGAAAGUCAAAGCAAACCAGGAGACUUCGUCCUAUCAGUGAGGACUGAUGAUAAAGUCACUCAUGUCAUGAUAAGAUAUCAGGAUGGCAAAUAUGAUGUUGGAGGAGGAGAAAAAUUUGAUAGUUUGUCAGAUUUAGUAGAGCAUUACAAGAAAAAUCCUAUGGUUGAAACAACUGGAACAGUGGUUCACCUCAAAAUGCCUUUUAAUGCAACACGUAUUACAGCUUCAACUAUUGAGUGCAGAGUUCAGCAGUUGGCAAAGGAGAAUAGUCAAAGUAGUGGAAAAGCAGGGUUUUGGGAAGAGUUUGAAUACUUACAGCAGCAGGAAUGCAAGCAUUUAUAUAGCCGUAAGGAAGGUCAAAAGCCAGAAAACCGAUCGAAAAACCGUUACAAGAAUAUACUUCCAUUUGACCAUACUCGUGUUACAUUGAAGGAUGUAGAUCCAAAUGUUGCUGGAUCUGAUUAUAUCAAUGCCAAUAAAAUAACACCUGAUGAUGAUGCAGCUGGUGAUGAACCUAAGAAAUACUAUAUUGCCACUCAAGGAUGUUUGCAUAAUACUGUUGCUGACUUCUGGUGGAUGGUUUGGCAAGAAAAUACGAGAGUGAUUGUUAUGACAACCAAGGAAAUGGAAAGGGGAAAAAAUAAAUGUGCCCGCUAUUGGCCAGAUGAAAAUCAAACUAAAGAAGUUGGAAAGUUUGUGCUAAAAAAUUUAUCCGAGUCAUCAACUACAGAUUAUAUUUUGAGGGAAUUUACGUUGACGAGAGAAGGAUGUACUGAAUCGCGCACAAUCUAUCACUAUCAUUUUACUGCUUGGCCUGAUCAUGGAGUACCUUCUGACCCAGGAUGUGUCCUGAAUUUUUUGCAUGAUGUGAACCAUAGACAAGAAGCAAUUCUAGAGGCUGGUCCAAUUGUUGUUCAUUGCAGUGCUGGCAUUGGUAGAACUGGAACUUUUAUAGUAAUAGACAUGAUUGUGGAUUUAAUCAAAAAACAAGGUCUUGAUUGUGAAAUUGAUAUUCAAAGAAGCAUUCAAAUGGUGAGAUCUCAAAGAUCUGGCAUGGUACAAACAGAAGCUCAGUAUAAAUUUGUUUAUUUAGCUGUCCAACAUUACAUUGAUACCCUCCAACAAAGGAUACAGGCUGAACAAAAAAGCAUACAGUUAGGUAGAGAAUAUACAAACAUAAAAUAUACAGCAGAAGUUGCUGGUGCCACAGAACCUCUUAAAGUUCUAUCAAAUGCAACACCUUGUCCAGUGACUCUAAGCCCACCAACGCCUACAAUGCCUCCUAUUUUGACAAGAGGUUCAUGUGAAAAUUUAAAACCUCCUGUGCCUCCAAGAAUAAGCCCAGAUGGAUUAGUGCCAAGGCCGCCGGAUGAAUCAUUGCAAUUAUAUGAAAAUAUACCACUUAAAGAAAAAUCUUUGAAUUCCGCUUUUAAUAUUGGACCACCACCACCUACAAUUGCACCACCCCCACCACCACGGAAGACGUGACAUUACAUUAUUAAAGGUCUUGAAAAACUAAAGUUGCCAUUCUGCUUUCUCUCUGCAAUUAAGCCAUUGCAAUAAGAAGCAAAAAUUUGCCAAUACAUGUUGUGGAGAAGUACAUCUUUAAAUGAUGUAAACGUGCAGUAUAAAGACUAUAGGUUAUUUUUUUAAUGAUAAUGCUUUAUGUGCUAUGUAAAUAUGUAUCAUUCCAAUUUAGGCUAUGAAAUUUCGCGCUUCAUUUUUAUGGCUCAAUAGUGUGCCUUUUUUUUUUGUCGUUUAUGCUUACUCUUUGUUUAUUUCUCUAUGAACAAAGUAUGUGCUUAUUGCCUUUCAUUUAAAGUUGUGAUGUAUUUUGAAUAUGUUAAAUGAUUUGGUAAUUUUUUUUGUAUAAAUUGUUCAGAAAUUCACAAUUUAUUUACAUAUUAUCUGCAGACUUUUAUUGUGAUUAAUAGUUUUUAGAUUAUUACUAUUAAAUAAUAGACAAUAAUAAAUUUUAUAGCGUUUUUCAGUUUGUGUAGCAUGUUAUGUAUGAAACGACUUGAAAAUGUUUUUAUUUAUUGUUAAAAUUUAUUUAUUAUAUUUUAUUGUUAUAUAUCGAUAUUCAUAUAAAAAGUACUGCAAUUAUAAAAAAUUGUCUGGAAGAUGUUUUUAGCACCUUGUGAUAACCUGCUCGCUUAGGAACAAGAAUAAAAUCUAUGUUAUAAUGAAUUUUAUUGUAAAGUAAUGUACUGAUUUAAUUUAAAACAACUUUGUUUAAAAAAGCAAAAAACAGAAAAGAAAAAAAAAACAGCAACAAAAACAAUUUCUGUCUUUUUUCUUCCCCUCAUUGAAAAUCAUAUUUGGUGUCUAAAUGCACACAGGGCUAUCAAUGGUUCUCAACUGCUUUUGUUACAAUUUCUAUUGCUUUGCAUUAUGAUUAACUGAAUGUUCUUUUUUUAAAAAAAUUUUGUUUCAUUGCACCCUUCAUUUCUGUCGAUCCUCAUUGAUACCUCUAAGAACUUGAUACAUAACUUUUGUGCUAUAUAUAUAUAUAUUCACAGUAGAUUCCCGCUUAUCCAAGUUAAUGUGGGUCACGACUAACUCGAAUAACCGAAAAACUUGGUUAAAGCGAAGAGUAUAAAAAAGGAAAGAAUAGCUUUGCUGGCAAUAAUGUAAUAUAUUUAACAAAUAUAACAUUAAUACGAGCACACUACAUACAAUUCAUAUUAAAAUUAAAAGGCUUACAUAAAAGCACUUAAAGAGCACAUUUUAUGAGAAUUAGUUUUUACUUAAAAAAUUUCGUAAUCGCUUUUUUGUUUUACAUUACUUUGGUGCUUUUCUACAGCAAUGUUUGGCCAUUUUGUUUAGGGAUAACAGAAAGGCUGGUGGUUCCUCUCGUUGUUCUAAAUAUUCAAUAGCACUUUCGGUAGCUUUUAGUCCAUUUGUAGAUUGUUAUACGUUAGAGAUUGUUAUCCGUUAAUUUUCUUCAUCAUCUUUGCUAGAUUCAUUUUUCUUAUUGCGAUAUUAACGAUCAUUUCAUCAGUUAUCUUGUGUUGUUGGUCAGCGUUCAUCCAUUUGCGUAAAUCUUCGUUGUUGAUUGACUCAAACAAUGGCAAUUUCAUCACUAAAUCCAAAAGAUCAUCACUAUCUUCAUUGGAAUUUCUGGGCUCUUCUGUGUUUUCUGUAUCAAUGAUUUUCCUCCAGGACUUCAUUAAGGUUGCUGGUUUAACUUCAUCCCAUGUCUCGACUACCCAAUAUACAGCAUCCUUUAGAUUAAAGCUUUUAAGUGUCUCGAGAACAUUUUUUUUUCUCAAUUCCUUCAAUAAGAGUUUUUAGUAAUUUUUUUCGAUAAUGUUUCUUUGUGUUCUCCAAAACACCUUGAUCUUAAGGCUGAAUUAAUGAUGUAACAUCGGGAGUAAAAAUAAGGGCUUUAGUAUUGCUACUCAGUAAUUCAUCAUCAUCCGGCUGACAAAAAGCACUGUCAAGCAAUAAUAUUGCUUUCCUUGGAAGCUUUUUGAUUGUUAAGAAUGUUUCUACAUCAGGAACAAAUUCAUCAAAAAACCAUUUUUUAAACAAACCUGCAUUCAUCCAAGCACUUUUCUGAUUCUUAUAAUAGCUUAACUUCUUAUAAUAGCACUAACUUAGGAUGUGAACAUUUUUAAAUGCUCUUGGUUUUUUGGACUUGCCAAUCAACAUUGCAUUCUAAUGUUCACUCCUGUCUCAUCAGAAUUGAAAAUUUGCUUCAUUUUAAAAUGUUCUUUUACACUGAGUUUUUUAAAUCUUUCUUUUAAUUUAAUAACUUCCUCACAAUCGACUGAUAGUUUGUCACCGUAUAUGCACAAUUGUCGAAUUCCGUAUCUUUUUUUCCCCAACUAUCUAACCAUCCACUACUAGCAGUGAAGUUUUCUCCACCAUGGAACAUUUUAUGAAAGUCCAAUGCUUUUGCUUGUAACAUAGGACCGGUCACUAGACUUCCCUUCUCUCUUAAUUGUGUGAAACACAGGAGUAAUGACUCCGAGGGUUUUUUUCUUUCAAAUUCACACUUUUUCAUUGAUUUUUGUAAAUUGCAAUUGGCCUUUUCUGUACACCAUAUUUCUAUUUCAUUUCACUUCCUUUUCCAGUCUCCAACAGUAACGGCUUCGACACCUCAAGAUCUUUCGUUACUUUCUUUAUUGAUUCAGCAUUAUCUAUUCUUCAGAUUGUUUCAUUAGGAACAAGAACUAUUGCUACUCAUUUAUCCUAUUGCUACUAAUUUCGAAUCUGUAGAAUUGAUUGAAUGAAACCGCCUAACUUUACAGAUAACGCUGGACAAUGUGAACAGCCAAAAUCAUUCUGCGAUUCUACAGAGGGAGGAUGACUGUCAGUUCAUAUGACCAGUCGAAACCAUUCCCCGAUUCCAGGGGGGGGGUGGCUGGUAACAUAACCAAACAAACGAUAAUCUAAUCAGAAAAUGAAUCUAAUUUACAAAUACAGAAAAAGACUAAAAUGGAAAUUAAUAAUUGGAACAUUAAAUCAAAAUGGAAAAGUGCCUAAAGCAGCUAAAACCAAAUUUGCUUAUUUUAAUUUAGGUAUUCAAACAAACAAUUAAAGCAGGAAAGAAAGCAAUAAAAUAAAAGAUAUGUGUGUUGGCAAGACAGCACUUCACAAGGCAUCUUUUUAUUACUUUUUCCUGCUUUAAUUGUUUGUUUGAAUAUCUAAAUCAAACUAACGAUAAUUAACUUUGAUCUCGAUCUCCUCCAAUACAUACUCUCUUUUCAAAAGAAGGGGAGGGGUUAGAGAGGUGCGUGAUACAAUGAAAAGGAUAAGGGAGUGAUAAUGUUGGAUUUCGUUUUCUUGAGUGUUUGGAAGAUAAAAUUCAGAUUUUUUUCAAUAAUAAUUAAAAAAAAAAACUAGAGCAAAAAAACAACCUCAAAAUAUUUGAUAGCUCGGUUAAAGCGGAAACUCAGAUAAUCGGGACUCUACUGUAUGUAUAUUGCACACAUUGCUUACUCACUCAUCUCAUCUCAUCUCUAUAAACCUUGUAUGACUUGGGGUUUUAGUUUAGAAUUCUAAUUAUCAAUUGUUUCUAAUUUUCUAGAAAAUGAACAUUUUUAUAAUUUUUUCUCUUAUUAUGAAUGAUUUAUAUUUUAUUGGAAGAUAAAAAGAGUUAUGUAUUUGCCUGCAUAGCAUAAUGGGGGAUAGGACAUGGGACUACUAUAAUUAAAAAAUGAGUUAUUUUUUAAAUGUUUCAUGACUACCAAUGGAAACAAGAUUACAUUAUCACAGGAUCUUAUUAUGAUUUGACUGAUUAUUGCAUUGUAUUGACAUUAUUUUGAAAUUCAUUAGAAUGUUGACUAUCUUUUAUUGUUUUAUUAAUUGAUAUGCAUAUUAAAUUUUUCUCUGUUCUUGAUCUCAUCUUACUCUAAAUGUUUUAAAACAUAUUGUAUACUGUGCAGUUCUUGCACUUUUCUAAGAGGAACUUUUAUGUUUAUGGGCUAUACGUAUCAACUGAAAAUACCUUAAAAAAUGUGCAUAUUGUAAUAAGUUUAGCAUUGAUUUAUCCCUUGUAAAAACUAAUAGGUUAAUAGAAAUUUUGUUCACUACUUAGUUUUUCAUAUGAAAAGUGUUUUAAAUAAAAAAGAUCUUUUAGUAAUUGAUUUUUUCAUCUUUUUAUCUAACUUUCGGAAGUUUUCUAAGUAAGGAGAUAUUUCACUAUAUUGGAAUCUGUCACUUUACUAAACAUUCUGAUUAUCCAAAUAAAGUGAAACUUGUGCAAGCGUACCAUUUAUGAUGUACUAAUUUAAAUGGCUCACUUUAAAAAGGCGGUCAACUUAUAAAGAAGUGGUUCAACUAUUUUUAUUUUUUUUUGUUGCCAAUUUCAUAGAUGUCAACCCAAAAGUCCUGUCGUCCCACAAUGUUUCGAGUGGUAACGAAUUAACAAUUAAUGCAAUCUUAAUGUGUUUAAAUUUUGCCAACAUUUAAUAUUUUGCUGUCCAAUUCACAGAGCUUACCAGUUCGUUAAAACUGAUUUUGGUUAAAAUCUGUGUAAAUUAAUUUAUUUAUUUAUUCAAAAAUAAGUUCACUAAAACUUUAAUUAAAAAAUAUAUAUAUUUAUUCGAGUGGAAGAUGUUGGCAAGUUGCAAUUUUAUGUUUAGUUAUAGAAAUUUACUUAAGACAGAAGAUUGGCUUAAUGUAAUAGUUCCUGAUAUUAGUUCCUUCAUCCUAUUUUUAAAUUAUUGAUUUGAAUUAUAGCAAAUUAACUUUCUUGAACCCUCUGAGCUUGAAGUCCUUGCUUUUUUCAAGGUUGUAUCAUGGACUCCCAGUCAAUUUUAAGAAGUUUAGGCCAGUCAAUUUCCUGCAAAAAGUAAUAAUAAUAAUGUAAAAGUUUCCUCGUGAUAUUCAGCAGAAAGUCUUGAAUUAUUUCACAAUUAUGUCCAGGAUCUCAAUGCUUGGGCAGUUAAAUAUUAUAUCCAAUUACUUAGUUGCUUAAAAAAAUUGUAAAAUUUAAGAAACUUGCAAGCGAGUAUGGCUAGUUUAGUCAAUUUCCAAUGUGACAAAAUUAUUUCUAACAUAAGAUAAUUGUCAUAAAGUUAGGAUUUUAUUAUGAUAUUUAUAUAACACCGUUUUAGUGGAGAAAAAAAAAACCUUAGUGAUAAUUAAUAAUUUCAAUUUUUGUUUAGUUUCUAUUAAAAAUGAAGAAAAUUUUUAUUGCUAAACAUUGUUAAAUCUUUCAUACAGAUCAAUUUGCAAAUAAUAGCUUAAUUAUGUGAAUGGCUUUGAUGUUUAAUUAGCUAUUGCAUCAUUUGGUCGUAUCAAAUUUUAGUUUAAACUAGUAAGACAAUUGUGUUAAAUUGAAGAUUUGUUUGCAUAUAUAUACUUAUGAAUGUAAUAUACAGUGAUAAUUUAAACAGCUUAAAAAAGGUUAUUGAUAUUGUUUUACAGUUUAUGUUAGAUUUAUUGAUGUUGAAACUGAAGAAAGUUGUAAUGUUUCUUGCCCAAAAUGUUAUUAAUGUGUUAGUGUUAAAAAUUUUCAGACAUACUGCAAUAUGGCACAAGUUAGCGAAAUGUAAAUUUUAAUGUAUAUAAAUUGUUUUGGCUUAAUAAAAUUUAAUUUUUGAAAAAA